CUCGCGUGUGCUCUCCGGCUCCUCCAGCCCCUUGCAGCAGGCACAGACGCCUUCCUAGUGCCAGGCCUGGCCUCGCACCGAUGCCCGGGGACCUUUGGCUCCGGAGGAGGAGGAAGAUGCCGGUGCCCAGCGGGCACCUGAGCCGUGCCCUGAGCUCCUGGGGGGCCACGGGGUCCUGCCCCGGCGCCCUGGACCCCUGCGGGCCGCGCUGCAAGAGGCAGCUGGGCCGGGCCGUGCGUGGCUUGUACCGCUUCCUCACCGGGACCCUCUCCCCAGGCUCCGGGUUGGUCGCCCGCGGGUGGCCGCGGGUCCGGGCCCUGCCCAGUGCGGGCGCGGCGGCCGGGCCGGGGGCCAUGGACAGGCCGGUGCCCCACAACGACAGCCUGCUCUACGCCGCGCUCAUCGUCAUCCUGCUGCUCAUCUCCUACUGGUUCACCACGCGCUGCUUCAAGAUCAUCAGCGGCAUCGAGGUCCCGCGCAAGGAGCUGCAGGUCCUGUACCGCGGCUUCAAGAACGAGUGCCCCAGCGGACUCGUCACCGAGGAGAGCUUCAAGCAGAUCUACUCCCAGUUCUUCCCGCAGGGGGACUCCAGCACCUAUGCCGCCUUCCUCUUCAACGCCUUCGACACCGACCACGACGGCUCCAUCAGCUUCGAGGACUUCGUGGCCGGCUUGUCCAUCAUCCUGCGGGGCAGCGUGGACGACCGGCUGAGCUGGGCCUUCAACCUCUACGAUCUGAACAAGGACGGCUGCAUCACCAAGGAGGAGAUGCUGGACAUCAUGAAGUCCAUCUACGACAUGAUGGGCAAGUGCACGUACCCGGCCAUGCGCGAGGAGGCCCCGCACGAGCAUGUUGAGAGCUUCUUCCAGAAGAUGGACAGGAACAAGGACGGGGUGGUGACCAUCGAGGAGUUCAUCGAGUCCUGCCAGAAGGACGAGAACAUCAUGCGCUCCAUGCAGCUCUUCGACAACGUCAUCUAGCGCCCGGCCCGAUCCUGCCAGCGCCGUCCGGAUCCUGCUUGCCCCCCGCCGCCCACCGGGAAGGGCCUGGGGGCACAGCCAGUGUGGGGAGCACCCCCCCGGCCUGCCCUGCUCCUCAGGGGGGCUGGGGACCCUCUCCCCCUGCAUCAGCUGGAGGCCCUGUCUCACAGGAGAGGCGCCCGGUGGCCCCAGAGUGGGAGCGGUGUGGGCUGCGUGCCCUGCCGGGGUUGGCAGGUGCUGCAGCCCCCACCAGGGCCCUGAGCUGCUUCCAGCAGGGGAAGGGGCGGCCUGGAGCCCCGCUUGCGGUGUUGGGGGUCGUGGGGAGUCCUCCUCCUCCUCCUCCUCGCGGUUCUGGAACCGGCCCUGGGUUCGGCAGAGCUCCCUGAAGAUGCCCCUUGCUCCCCGCCUGCACCCCCCAAGUCUUGCCGGUGCCCCUCGCUCCCCGCCCGCAGCCCCCUAGCCGCCCCGCCGACCCCGCUAUUUCCCCACUGCCCUGUCUGGGGCCGGGGCUGGUGCCGUGAGCGUGUGCCGGGGGCAGGAGGAGCCCUGUCCCCUCUCUCCCGGGCGGGGGCCGGACGGGAAGCCGUCUUGCUGCGCUGGGCCCCGGGGGUGGCACUGGGUUGUGCGUCGGUUUGCCCCUGCCUCCCGCCCCGUGCCCCGCGCCACUGCCCCGGCCGUGGGGCCGGUGCCCCCUGCCC